CAACGUGCAAGGAACCAAUUCUUGUCGCCGAUACUUGAAAUUCAAAUGAACAAUGAGUGGACGAGGGGCCGCUCGCGGACGAGGAGCAUACUAUAAAGCGCUCUACGGCGGUCGUGGCAGAGGCCGUGAUGGCUCCAAUCAGCACUCAGUCGAACCUCCACAGCCUCGCCAUGCUCCAGGGACCUUGUCAGAUUGGAAUACCCUUUCUCAAUUGCUUCGGAAUGUUGAUGGGCAGCAAUAUGGACAAUAUAAACGGCUAGCUGGAACAUAUCGCCAUGCCUCCCCAAAUUUUACUCUCUGCGUUGAUCAUGUCCAAUCUGAUGCGUACGCUCCACCUUCCAGAGUGCGAGCAAUCAUGUCAUUGUCUGAUACAGGAUUCCCCGUCGAUGUUUUCGACAAUGAAAUACGUCAAAUUGCUUUGGGAGAUUAUGUAACGAGGACAGCUGCAGAAUUCAUACGUUCUCGGCACAUGGACCAAGCAGUACCAUCUGGUGCUGGCGCAGGAGGCUGGGCAGGCCCAAAAGGUGGUGCUUUCAACAUCAAUGCGCCAGGCCAAGAAGUCUUGCCGCGAACGAGCUGCUUGGUGAAAAUGCAAAAAGCUCAGCGACCCCCACCUGAAGGAACUAUCGAAUUGCGCUUUACCGUUGCACUUCCAGCUCGUGGUCGGACCAUUUUGGGCCAUGAAGCGCAUCGCAUACUUGCUGUUAAUCUUCCUGAACUGAUCAGACAGACUUUGCAAUGGGGCAAGCAAAGUCAACAGAAGCUUCUUCAGCACGUUCGCUCAGUCGAAGACCAGGAAGACAUGCGAUGUCAGCUUGUACAAAAGGGCUUGGUCACAUUUAUUGCAAAUGGAUCCAUUUUGCCUCGUGCUAGCGGAGCCUCGUCCAUGCCCAUGCGCUCGUCCUCCGUGGUGCCAUUUCAGUCUCCGCCUGACAUGGAGGUAGAACUCCAUCGGCCGAAUGGUGGACUUAUCAGGGGUAUGGGAAUUCAGCAUGGAAUCACGGUCCUCUCAGGCGGAGGAUUUCAUGGCAAAUCGACCCUUCUUGAAGCAAUAGAGCUAGGCAUCUACAACCACAUUCCUGGCGAUGGCCGGGAAGGAGUGGUCACAGACCCAACUGCAAUCAAGAUUCGAGCAGAGGAUGGUAGAAGCGUAUCCGGCGUUGACAUUAGUCCAUUCAUUUCUGGACUUCCUGGGAAGAAGAAUACAAGCUGUUUCAGUAGCGAGGAUGCAAGCGGCUCUACAUCUAUGGCGUCGAAUAUCCAAGAGGCGCUGGAGCUAGGAAGUAAAACCCUGUUGAUAGACGAAGACUCUAGCGCAACGAACUUGCUCGUUCGAGAUCAGCGGAUGCAAGCGCUUGUUCGAAAUGAACCCAUCACCCCCCUCGUGUCAAAAGUGCGUGCCUUGUACAAUCAACAUGGCGUAAGCACCCUCAUAGUUAUCGGUGGCUGUGGCGACUAUCUCUCAGUUGCAGAUGUCGUCCUUGGGCUCUCCUCUUACAAAGUCGAAAAUCUCACGGCCCGGGCAGCUGAAGUUGCUGCGAAUUAUCCGGCAAAUAUACCUCAGCAUCAAAAGUAUGGGACGAUCUCAUCCCGCAAAGUAACCUUGCCGUCAAGUAUUGCAAUUGGUCGGCCACCUUCGUCCAAAGGCCGCAGCUUCAUCAUGCUCCCGUCAGAUGCUCCGGCGGGCCCAAAGAACCCUGCAGCUGAGGAUCCUGGCAUAGACAUUGCUGCGCUAAGUCAGCUGGUUGAGCCUGGCCAAGCGGCUCUGGCGGCGCAAGUGGUCCGUUGGGCAGCUCGACGUCCCGAUAGCACGGCGGUCGCUACGUCACUUUUUGAUACACUCGACGAAAUGGAGCGAUUAGUGAGAAAAGGUGGUCUGGAUGCAUUACACAGUGAGGGCUGGAUGGUUGGUGAUAUGGUAUGGGCAAGGAGGUUUGAACUGGGUGCGGUCAUCGCUCGGAUUCGCGGUCUCACUGUGCAUUGAAUGCAGCCGUAGCCUUGGCCGAAUUGGCAUCUUGGAAGUGACUUUGAUUUGGGUUCCUAUAUCUUCAACCAACCUUGCAAUGCAAUGAGUCCUUUACGGUCUCACAUAUUAUAGAUAUCGUACGCGUACAGCUCUGCGAAAAUCUAAGCCUGUCCUCAGCAUCAAUGUAACAACAUCGAGUAAAUAAAGCUCUCGGAUUUUUUUGAGAUCCUAACCGUACAAUAAAUAGAUUUACUCCUCCCAU